AUGAUGAUAACAAAUUCUCUGCAUUAUCUUUUUGUACUGCUUGGAGCUCUUUCUUUCCUAGCACCGGUCCUAGGCCAGGAUCCAUCAUCAGGAUUUAUUAGUAUAGAUUGUGGACUGCUUGAAAAUAUCAGCUACAUCGACAAAAAUACAGGAAUCAAUUACAUUUCAGAUGUUAAGUUUAUUGAUUCCGGUGUGAGUAAAAGCGUAUCGCUUCAAGAUAAAAAUACUCAUCAACCACAAUUUAAUUAUCUAAGGAGCUUCCCUAAUGGUGUCAGAAACUGUUACAAAAUAAAUGUAACAAGUGGUGCUGAUUAUUUAAUUAGAGCUAGUUUCUUGUAUGGAAACUAUGAUGGUCUUAAUAAGUUCCCACAAUUUGAACUUCAUCUUGGACCAAAUGUGUGGAAAACAGUAAAAUUCACAAAUUCAUCAAUCAGCAUAAACUAUGAGAUAAUCCACUCUCCACCGCAGAACCAUAUACAUCUCUGUCUCGCUAACACGGACAAUGGAACACCGUUUAUUUCGGUAAUAGAAUUGAGGCCUUUGCCGAAUGAUACUUAUAGCAUUAGCAUAAAGUCAGUUGGAUCAUUGGCACGUUUGGUGAGACUAGAUCUCGGCUCCAUCACCAACCUUUGUAUCAGGUACAAAGAUGAUUUAUACGACCGCUUAUGGGAGCCUUAUUCGGACAGCGAGUGGACACAAUUAAGCACUUCAUUGAACACUGAUGAACUAAAUAAUUCAGUGGCAUCAACGCCACCGGUAAUUGUCAUGAGCACUGCUGCUACACCAAUAAAUUCUAAUGCCUCUUUGGAUUUCACGUGGGAUGCAGAUACUGUAACCGACAGUUUUCAUAUUUGCAUGCAUUUUAAUGAGAUACAAAAACUGAAAGCAAAUGAAGCUAGAUUAUUCAAUAUCACCUUGAAUGGCAAGCUCUUUUAUGGUCCUUUUGCUCCUAUAUACCGUAAAACAGAUACUCUAUGCACUACUUCACCUUUUGAUGGAUUCACGACAUAUCAGUUAUCAAUUUUGAGGACAGAGUUCUCUACACUUCCACCCAUCAUCAAUGGUAUUGAGAUUUAUUCAGUUAGAAAUUUGUCACACUUAGAAACUGAAAAAGAUGAUGCUGAUGCUAUCACAAACAUCAAGGUAGCCUAUAGGGUGACUAGAAAUUGGCUUGGAGAUCCAUGUGGCCCCGAAGCAUUCAAGUGGGAUGGCCUAGAUUGUAAUUCAAUUGAUGGUGAUGGCACCCCAAGAAUAACAUCCUUGAACUUGUCUACAAGUGGAUUGACAGGGCACAUAAUUCCUGAUAUCUUAAAGCUUACUAUGCUGAAGACAUUGGAUUUAUCAAACAAUAACUUAACUGGAGGUGUUCCUUAUUUUCUGGCACAACUGCAAUCACUACAAAAAUUAAACCUGGAGAACAACAACUUGUCAGGUUCAAUUCCAAAUGAACUCCUUCAAAAACAAAGAGAUGGUAUAUUAUCAUUAAGUGUGGGACAAAAUCCAAAUCUAUGCGCAUCAACUUCAUGCAACCCGCAAACAAAUGAUAAGAGAAAGAAAAAGAGUAAUGCAGUUAUUAUAGUGGUAGCAUUAAUGGCAGGGAUGUUGCUGCUUCUAGUGAUUGCAGCAGUUAUAAUCUUUCGCCAAAGAAAGCCGAAUGGUAAUCUUUCGCCUCAAAGAGCAAUACGGUUACUGUUGCUAACUCCCGGUAACUCAAUUAAUGGUUCUCAACUGGGAUCAAAGCAACGUCAAUAUUCAUUUAACGAAGUUGUUAAGAUGACCAGCAGCUUUGAUAGGGUUCUUGGUAGAGGUGGAUUCGGAACAGUUUACUAUGGCUCUAUUGAGGAUACUCAAGUGGCUGUCAAAAUGCUUUCCCUAUCAUCUGUGCAAGGAUAUCAACAAUUUGUUGCAGAGGUUAAUCUCCUAAUGAGAGUACAUCACCGAAAUCUGACCUCUCUUAUUGGUUAUUGCAAUGAAGAAACUAAUAUAGGACUCAUCUAUGAAUACAUGAAAAAUGGAAACUUGGAUGAACAUCUUUCAGGAGAAAACAAUAGGAAAAAGUCCUUGAAUUGGAAAGAUAGACUUCAAAUAGCAUUGGAUGCAGCCCAAGGAUUGGAAUAUUUGCAUAAUGGCUGUAAGCCACCUAUAAUCCACAGAGAUAUAAAAUGCACAAAUAUUCUAUUAGAUGAAAACUUCCAUGCCAAACUUGCUGAUUUUGGAUUAUCCAAAUGCUUUGCGGCUGAUGGCGACACACAUGUGUGGACAAUUGCGGCCGGAACUCCAGGCUAUUUAGAUCCUGAGUAUACGAUAUCAAAUAUAUUGACAGAGAAAAGUGAUGUGUAUAGUUUUGGAGUAGUUCUUUUAAGGAUAAUCACAGGUCAACCGGUGAUAAUAAGAAUGGAAGACACGACUCAUCAUAUAAGCCAGCGAGUUAACUCUAUGGUUGCUGAAGGGGAUAUAACAAAAAUUGUUGACUCAAGGUUACAAGGAGAUUUUGACAAUAACUCUGCAUGGAGAGCAGUUGAAAUAGCAAUGGCCUCUGUGUCUUCUAUUUCGGUAGAAAGGCCAUACAUGAGUGAUAUAGUGAAAGAACUAAAGGAGUGUUUGGCUGUAGAGUUAACUCAAAAACAUAAUAGUUGUGACUUUCAAAAUGAAGAUUUAAUUGGGCAGGUUAGUUUGAACUUGAUUAGUACUGAUAUCAACCCCAUAGUUAGGUAG